AAAGAUAGGAAUUUGUGAAAUAGUGUUCUAGCUUACAGGAAUGUUUGGGAAAUUCAAAUAUCAACGUCAAAUAUUUGAUUAAAGCUAGAUUACCUGUCCAUUUGCUGAUGUCAGUAUUCGGUUAUGUCAUGACGUUGCUGGUAAUACAACUGCUCAGCCUGACAGUGGCAAUAGGAGUUCUAGAUGCAAUUCCUCGCCAUUAUUCCUACCAGUUUCUGUUAAAUGCUAAUAACAUGGAAGGAUUUGUUGAUGCAGCUAACGCUGAAGAUAAUGAUUACGUUCACAUUUUAAAAGUCGAAAGAAGUGAGUCUGGUGAGCUCGAGGGUGAGAAAGAGCACAUAAUUCUAGAAAUAUCUACCACGCAGUACAAAAAGGCUUACUUCCAAAGAAAUAACCUAGACAUCAAUAACGAAAAUAUCAAAUUUCCUGCUGAGUUUUCUGCCUCAAAUACCAGUAAAAACGGAUCUUUACCAUCAGAUAUUACGAUUGACGUCAUCCAUACCACAGCUUUCACAGUUAAUUCAGAUCUGACUUUAAGACUCAGUGAUGAUUUGGAUGAACUGCGAAAAAAAUCCGUUAUACAAUUUUAUAUUGUUUUAGCUAAUACGUCAAGUUCUGAAAUUGUCUCGAAUCCUCUGCCUUUCAUGAUUCACAUUAAACCAAGACCAAAAGCAUUACGAGAGCAUGGUGCUGCUAUAUAUGCCGGAAUCAUUGUGUUAAUCAUUGUGGCUAUUGCUUUACUUGUACCUUUCACUGUCCGGGCUAAACGCCGAAGAAGAGCAGGGAAGCCCAUCUGUGGGUUUGGAAGUGCUAAAAGCCCAGAAGAUAUUCAAAAGGAAAAACUAGCCGGUAAAGACAACGGGGCUAUGAUUUUUGAUGAUGGUAAAGGGAUGUCCAGGACUAGUUCAGUGGUAACUGAUACUGGUCAUGAGUCCAUGCAGCAGCACAUGGUGCGUUCAGUAUCUGACUUCCAUUUUCAACCCACGUGGUUAGAUCCACAUUAUCAGGAUUCUCAUCACCAUCCCCAUAAUCAUUACCACAAUAACAAAACCAGUAAUGGAGUCCACUCUAAUAAAAAUAGCAAAUCAACGGAGGAGAGACUUUAAUACACUGUGUAGAAUUCGAAGUAAGAUGACUGUUAAAGUGCUAAAUUGUGUUAAUAAGAAUUAUUUAUUAAAACCUGAAAUUCACCCUACCGAGGUAAACUAUUACCUUUACCUUUGUAGCUAAAUGGUACAUUAUGUAUUUUGUUUUAGAACGGUAUACCACGUAGAUUAACGUGAUGUUAAUAUUUAUUACCUCAAUUCAUUAAUGUAAGAAUAUGUGUUCUAAAUUCAAAACAUCCCGCAUCCUUCAUUCUUGCUAAUAUAGAUAUGCACAAAUUAUUAGUAUUACGUCAUUCAGUAUCCAGUUAUCUUCCUAACAAAGCCAGUUAUGUGUAGUUCAAUGGACAAGGGCGAGACAUUAAGUAAUAUAUUGAUAUUGCUCGAGCGCGUUAUAUAUAUAUUACGCAAUGUCUUGCACGAAAACAUUAAACAACUAAAAAUACAAACACUAUCCAGCACGUGCAUUUCAAUGAAAUACGUCACGUGGGUCCAAUAUUUCAACUAGUAUAUAUAAUGUACGCUUGACACAUUGCUCGUACCGUUAUUUGAAAUACUGGUACGCCAACAUCAAAGGAUGACGUCACAACUGUAUUUGAAGUAAUCCCAUGAUGAUGGCUUAUCUUGAAAUCAUUUUACCAUACACCCUAUAGAGACCAACGGAGAACAAGAUGUUCAACUUCUAAUCGCAGCUCCCACUCCCUUCAGUUAUACUCCAGGGAUUUUCAGGCUUUCGGGUAUUAUUGUGUUCAAAUAUAUCUUUUUACCAGUUACUAGUACUGAAGAUUUUACUCUCUUCUUUGUUUGAAUAACGAUAUCUGAGAUUUAGUGUCAUUGUGGUCAGCAAGUAUGUUUUGUGGACCCUAAUGUAUUUUUUAGGUUGCGCAAUUUGAGUCUGUAUAUAUUUAUGUAAAUAGUAUUUUGUAUAUUCUAGUAUCAAAAUUAAAUAUUUU